AAUGUCCACUAUUCAGAUGUCUCAUGUGGAUUUGGAGCAAGGAAGAAGUCACCACCGUUCUGUGACUGGAAGUGAUGUGAGUGUGUGCUUCUCUGAUGCUGAUGAUGGUUCCUGCUAUUCCCAUUUCUAUUCAACAAAUGGUGGUUCAUAUGAUGAUUACAACUUUGAUUGUGGUUCUGAUCCUGAGGUUGGGGGUGAUGCUGAUUUUGGGAGGGCUUCUUCUGUUACUGAUUGUUCUGUGGAGGUGGAAAUUGAAAAUGGGGUUCCUGAAAUUAAAGUGCAUUUGGCUAAAGUGGAGAGGAAUUGUAGGAUUUGUCACCUGGGUUUGGAGAGUGAUAGUCAGGAAUCUGGAGUUCCCAUUGAAUUGGGUUGUUCUUGUAAGGAUGAUUUAGCUGCUGCUCACAAGAACUGUGCAGAAACCUGGUUCAAGAUUAAGGGGAAUAGGACUUGUGAAAUUUGUCAUUCUGUUGCACAGAAUGUUUAUGGUGGAAAUGAGGACACAACAGAGACUUUGAGUGACAGCAACAAUGCUACUGCAGCACCAGCAGUCUCAACACCUUCUCCUUCAUCAGAAACUAGAAGAUUUUGGCAUGGCCAUCGCUUCCUGAAUUUUCUGCUUGCUUGUAUGGUUUUUGCAUUUGUCAUAUCAUGGCUUUUUCACUUCAAUGUGCCACCAUCAUCUUAAUCUCCUGCAUAGUUUCUUUUAUAAUUUAAAAGAAAAGUGAAAGCUGAUUAGCGGGGGCAAAAUAGAGAAAGAUGAUAAGAAAAGAGGAAGAAAAAAAAA